AGCAAGUUCUGCAAUUUGUGCGAUUUCUGUCUGCUUUUUAUCACUCUUCUGUGAGUCAAAGUAUAGCUACCAAUUAGGUUCCAAUCGCCGACGAUAGAAAAUUUUCUUGCUUAGUAAAAAUCGAACACUAUGGCAGAUCCUAAAUUCCAAUAUCUACCUUAUAUUGCGCACGAUCAACCAGACGUCUACGAAACUCCGGAUGUAAAUGAGGCAGAAACUUCAGAUUAUGAUGAAGAUGAACCUAUUAAUGAAGCAAUCGAGAGGCUGCACAUUUCAACAAAGGACUCGAUCGGUAAGUUCAGGGGAAAAUACCUGACCGGUGACGUGGACUUCUCCGACGGUAUCGGUCGGAAGAAUCGUCUGGGAUACGAUGCCCGUAGCCUUGAUUACGAGCUGGCUGGAGAAGGUGAGCGGGAGACUCCGCUGCAACGCUGCCAUCGGCUAAAGUGCGAGAUGAACGAGUUAAUGGAGGAGAUUGAGGCUUCUCGAGCCGAUACUGGUCGAACGGCGGAAGAGAAGGCUUCGUAUGAAACAGUGUUUGGUGUCGUCAGCACCGCGAAGAAGGUUUUGGAAAGCCUGAAGCUCGAACAGGUUAUUGGAAAUGAAGCGGUUUCAGGAGGAGGCGAAACGGAAGCAAAAAAAUUAAUCGCUCAAAUCGAAGAGUAUAAGAAAACGGGAGCCCUUUCUAGUAGCGAUCCGAAACAGGUCGCAAAUGAUCUCAUGCAGAGUGCUCGUAUUGCACAGCUGGAGCAUCGUUUACAUCAGUUGGAGGCUGCGGUCGGCGCUAAGCCGGAACGCAUAAGCCGCCUUGCUGGUUCUACCGGUACUGGUAAUCUCAUCGAAGCAGUGCAAAACAUAUCUGCCAAGGCAGCACUUUUGCAACCAGCUCAGCUGGAUACAGUCGAAACGAGGUUGAACAAUCUACUACAACAAAUGAACAGCAUACAGGAAAAAUCGGAUGCCACCGGACAGGAUCCCAAUCGCGAGCAAAAGAUCCUGGAACUUUACGAAAUUGCGAAAAGUACGGAACCAAUCGUUCAGAUCCUUCCCGACAUGCUACACCGAAUGCAAACAUUAGAAUCAUUGCACAAAUAUGCCACCAACUUUAGUAAGCUCUUUGCCGAAUUAGAAACCACACAGGCAUCUAUCCUUAAUGGUGUGGCUGCAAACAAAUCGUUACUCACCGGCGUGCAGGAAGCGUUCGCAUUAAACCUGGAGAAUGUUAACAAGGAAGUCAAGAAGCUGGAAGAACGUAUGACUAAAUUGCAGCAGACUGUCAAGUGAACAUAGCUCUGCAACGUAUGCCUUGGCAUUCAAUUUUGUUCUCUUAUAUCGCAAAGUAAGCUAUUAAAAUGUAAUACAGGUAGAUUGCUUAUAACACGCGAUGCUGCUUUUCAAUGCUGUUAUCAUUUUGGAAGCAGCAUAAAAACUUUUAUUAAUUUAAUCGCAAUUUAACAUUUAAUGUUUUGGUCAAUAUAUACAAGCCACUAUCGGUAACCUAUUCCAAUCAAGUAGAAAAUGGGCGAGUAUAUUUUAUUUCUCGAUAACACGUGCGCUUUUCAAUAGUCCAAAUAGGUUAUUUGAAGGCAGUUUUGUAUGGUCAACUUUCGCUUUUUUGUAAAGUCCAACCGAUGAUUUAACCUUCAAUGUGAAUAUCGAA